AUGAGACAGUUACGUGAAAAGGGCACAGCUGAAAGGAAGACUUCUCUAGGAAAAGACUGGCAUCAGUUUUGUCUUAAGUGUGAGAAAUGUGGGAAAACUUUAACACCAGGAAGUCAUUCAGAGCAUGAUGGGCAGCCAUACUGUACACGUCCUUGUUACACUGCCCUCUAUGGACCAAAAGGAGUGCGAGCUGGCGGUGUUGCAAAUAGCUACACUAGUUUUGGACCCAUCAACAUGCCUAAAUGUCCAAAAUGCGGAAAGGAGGUGUAUUUUGCCGAGAAGAAAACUUCAAUGGGAAAAGAUUGGCACAACUUUUGCCUGAAAUGUGAGAAAUGUAACAAGACAUUAACACCUGGAAGCCAUUCAGUGCACGAUGACAAGCCUUAUUGUAAUCCAUGCUAUGGUGCCGCUUUUGGUCCCGGAGGUGUGAGAAUGGGUACAAGCGGUGCAGACAGCUACAAACGUUAAUCCUUAUUCAAAGACUUUUUUUUCCCUUCAUAACCGGAUAUGCAGUUAACAGACACAAACGAAAGAUUUUAGAAGAUUGGACGUUGAGGGGGCCCUCUAUAUGGUCAUACCUCGGGGGCGGACAUCCGGGCAUUUUCUACCGCCUGGCAACCCUCGCGGUGAAAACAAAGACCAAAAACUCGCAGAAAACGAUAUUUUGCAAUGGUUGUUGAUAGUCCCCUGAACAGUGUAACAAGAUUAGCCCUACGUGUGUAACAUAUAUGAAUUUGGUUGUUCAGGAUUACUUCAAAGUUGAGUUUGUGUUGUUUUCUCGAGUUUUCACCGGCUCCACCGGCGUUCCACAGCAGCGCGCACAAAGCCCAUAGAAAUACGUGGUACAGUGGUGCGCGUCUUAGCACGUAGACGUCUGUGGGCGUAGCUCCGCCUCCCGAGGAUAUGGUUUUUGUUUUUUUGGAAUCGGAAUUGUACUCAAGUCUUACAGCAAAGUGCAUAGUCUUGAAAUUUCUCUCAUAAUUUGUGGGACCAGUGUACACAUUUCAAUACCAGAUGAAAACAUAUAAUAAUUUUAAAAAAUUCUGUAAACCGCAAGAAACUUCGUAUUUUCUAACAUUUUUUCAGUCAAUAAAGGUUUAUUAUUUGUGGGAAAA